AUGUCAGAAAUCAGAUUUAGCAAUCUCAGCUGGGAUCAAGUUAUAACACUGGAUCAAGUGUUAAAUGAAGUAAUUCCAAUUCACGGAAGGGGGAAUUUCCCCACACUGGAGGUAAAACCAAAAGAUAUCAUUCAAGUUGUGAAAGAUCAAUUGAUAGAGCAAGGAAUUAUUGUUAAAGAUACCCGAUUGAAUGGUUCCACAGCAAGUUAUAUACUUGCAAGCCACAGUGGAAUCAGCUAUAAGGAUCUAGAUGUUAUUUUUGGCAUUGAUCUACCAAGUGAUCAGGAAUUUCAGGUUGUUAAGGAUGCAGUUCUUGGUUGUCUACUUGACUUUUUACCAAAAGGUGUAAAAAAGGAAAAGAUCACCCUAAAGAUCAUGAAAGAGGCUUAUGUGCAAAAGAUGGUCAAAAUUUGCAAUAAGCACGAUCGUUGGAGUCUCAUUUCUCUUUCAAACAAUACUGGAAAGAAUGUAGAGCUAAAAUUUGUGAAUUCACUCAGACGACAAUUUGAAUUUAGUGUUGAUUCCUUUCAAAUUGUUUUGGAUCCCAUGUUAGAAUUCUACAGUGACAAAAAUGCUAAACUAACUAAAGAAUCCUAUCCUGUUGUGGUAGCUGAAAGCAUGUAUGGAGACUUCCAAGAAGCAAUGACACAUUUGCAAUACAAGCUUAUAUCUACUAGAAAACCUGAAGAGAUUAGAGGUGGUGGCCUUCUGAAGUACAGCAACUUGCUGGUUCGUGAAUUUAAGCCAGCUUGUGAAGCAGAAAUCAAGACACUGGAACGUUAUAUGUGUUCUAGAUUCUUCAUUGAUUUUCCUGAUGUAGUAGAACAGCAAAAGAAGAUUGAAUCGUACCUCCAUAACCAUUUCAUCGGUGAAGAAAAGAGCAAAUAUGACUACCUUAUGACCUUGCAUGGAGUUGUGAAUGAAAGCACUGUUUGCCUCAUGGGUCACGAAAGGAGGCAGACACUCAAUAUGAUCACCCUUAUGGCUUUAAAAGUACUUGGAGAACAGAAUAUGCUACCCAAUACAGAUAAUGUAACUUGCUUUUAUCAGCCUGCUCCAUACUUUGCUACUGAGGGAGGGUACCCUACUUAUUAUGUAACAUCUGGACCACCACCUAUUUUCUUUCAGCCAUACUACCCACUGCACUUUCAUGUGCCAAAUGGUAUGGUUUAA